AUGCGGCGGCCACCGCUCACCUGCCAGCGAUUUGCAUUACCUACCCCCAGGUAUAAACCAUCGCCGUUUCCACGCCUGUUCCACCAUGCGCCAGUGUUCCAGGCUCGCCAGUCGAAUAGACCUCUUUCGCCUGUGGAGGAACGGAUAGAUGCCAUCCCAAUUGAACGAUACCGCAAUUUCUGCAUCGUUGCCCACGUUGACCAUGGCAAAAGCACCCUUUCAGACCGACUGCUGGAGCUGACGGGCACUAUCAAACCUGGAGAGAACAAACAAGUGCUAGACAAGCUGGACGUUGAGCGUGAGAGAGGAAUUACGGUCAAGGCGCAGACAUGCACGAUGCUAUACAACUACAAAGGAGAAGACUACCUGCUCCAUCUCAUCGAUACCCCCGGGCAUGUCGAUUUUCGAACAGAAGUCUCGCGGAGUUAUGCCAGCUGCGGUGGAGCAUUGCUGCUUGUUGAUGCAAGUCAGGGAGUCCAGGCCCAGACAGUAGCCAAUUUCUACCUUGCAUUCGCUCAGGGGUUGACAUUGGUACCGGUAAUCAAUAAGGUCGACCUCCCAUCCGCCGAUCCAGACCGUGCCUUGGAGCAAAUGAGAACCUCAUUUGAACUGGACGUGGACAAGGCUGUUAGAGUGUCUGCAAAAACUGGAUUGAAUGUUCAGGAACUCUUGCCUACUAUAGUCGAGAAUAUCCCUGCGCUGCUCCUGGUUGAUUCUUGGUAUUCAAGCUAUAAAGGAGUGAUCAUCCUUACCAGGGUGUUCGAUGGAGAGGUCAAGGCUGGCGACCAGCUUGUCUCUUUUGCUACUGGCCUCAAAUACACUGUUGGUGAGGUUGGAAUCAUGUACCCAAAUCAAACUCCACAAACUGUCCUAAGAGCCGGGCAGGUAGGCUAUAUCUAUUUUAAUCCCGGCAUGAAGCGAAGCCAGGAGGCCAAGAUUGGUGACACGUUCACAAGGGUCGGUUGCGAGACCCAGGUCGAACCACUGCCAGGAUUUGAGGAACCCAAGUCCAUGGUGUUCGUUGCGGCUUACCCGGUUGACUCUAACGACUUCCACCACCUCGAAGAGAGUAUCAACCAGCUGCUGUUGAACGACAGGAGUGUGACCAUGCAAAAGGAAUCAUCUGAAGCUCUUGGUGCAGGCUUCCGCCUGGGAUUCCUCGGGACACUACACUGCUCCGUCUUCGAAGACCGCCUUCGUCAGGAACACGGUGCGAGCAUCAUCCUCACACCACCAACAGUGCCAUGCAAAGUGAUAUGGAAAGACGGGAAGGAGACAAUCUUCUCAAACCCCAGCCACUUCCCUGAUGAGGAUACUCUUCGCGUCAAGGUCGCUGAACUCCAGGAGCCAUAUGUCCUGGCAACGAUAACGUUCCCUGAAGAAUAUCUCGGUCGUGUUAUGGAGCUAUGUGAGGCCAACCGUGGUGAACAGGUCAGCAUGGAAUUCUUCACCGCCACCCAGGUUAUCCUCAAGUAUCAGCUCCCACUCGCACAACUGGUCGAUGACUUCUUCAGCAAACUCAAAGGUUCAACCAAGGGUUACGCCAGCAUAGACUACGAGGAGUCUGAGUGGAGGAAAAGCAACGUUGUCAAGCUUCAACUGCUUGUCAACAAGACACCAGUCGAUGCUGUCUCGCGCAUCGUCCACUCAAGCCAAGCCAACAGACUGGGUCGUCAGUGGGUGACGAAAUUCAAAGAACAUGUAGAGCGACAGAUGUUCGAAGUCAUUAUUCAGGCUGCCGUUGGGCGUAAUGUCCUAGCCAGAGAGACCAUCAAACCGUAUAGGAAAGACGUCUUAGCAAAACUUCAUGCCAGUGAUAUCACACGGCGGAAGAAACUAUUGGAGAAGCAGAAAGAAGGAAGAAAGCGCCUGAAGGCUGUUGGCAACGUCGUUAUUGAUCAUAAAGCCUUCCAGGCCUUUCUUGCGAAGUAG